AUGAUUCCCGUUGCCACCGCCAAGUACGAAUGGAUCCUUGCCCUUAUCAGCAUUGCCUUCGUUUUCAGUGCUUUUGGUAAUGGAGCCAACGAUGUCGCCAACUCCUACGCCACUUCAGUGGGUGCUCGAACUCUAGAAAUGUACCAGGCCGGCAUACUCGCUGCCUGUACCGAAUUCGUUGGUGCUGUGGCUCUUGGACAACGUGUUACAGAUACCAUCAAAGACGGCAUCAUCGACAUCGACCGGUUCCAGGGCAAGCCUGGAACUCUCAUGCUUGCCAUGGGUUGUGCUGAGUUUGGCAGUGCUGCCUGGCUGGCCAUAGCUAACUACAUGGGCUGGCCGGUGUCGACCACACAGACCAUCGUCGGUGCUCUUGUUGGUGUUGGGUUAGCUGCGCAGGCUAAUAUCCACUGGGAAUGGACCGAUGGUAGUGUCUCGCAGGUUGCUGCGUCCUGGGGUAUCGCUCCUGCUAUUGCUGCCGGUUUCGCUGCCGUCAUCUUCGCUACUCUCAAAUACUCGGUCCUUGAACGACAGGACUCAUUCAAGUGGGCCAUGCGCCUGAUUCCCGUCUACCUUGCCGCAACCGGCGCUAUCCUCGCCCUCUUCAUCGUCAUUGAAGCUCCCAGCGAGCCCUUCUCGACAUUCGGAGUGGACAGCGGUGUUGGAAUCAUUUUGGGCGUGUUUGCUGGCUGCCUGCUCGUCGCCGUUGUUUUCUUCAUGCCCUACUUCCAUCGUCGUUUGGUCAAGGGUGACACCCGCAUUAGAGCCUACCAUCUUCCUCUUGGACCUUUGUUGUUGAAGGAUAAUUGUCCAUUAUACUUCCCCGCCAAAGGCGAUACUGUCGUUGUCAACUAUUAUGAGGAUUCGUAUGGCCAGGUGCUGGCCGGGCAGAAGGAUGCACUGAAAUCCCCGGAAACCCAGCACACAUCCGAUUCCAAGGUUCUCAAAGAUGCAGCCGACGUCGAGCAAAAUCCCGAGUCUGUUGAAUCGAGCCCGCAGAUUCUGCCAAAGUCUAAGCACGUUGAACCGGAACAACGCUUCCUCGACCCUGUCCGAGACUUACCCUGGUACAACCCCCUCAAGCCUUGGGGCUACGUCAAAUACUGUCUCCUUCAAGGUGUGACUCGCGAUGUUGUUACCCAUGACUCCCAGCAAAUCCGCGACAUUCACGCCCGAGCCCACAGAUACGAUGACCGUGUGGAGCACAUGUGGACCUACUGCCAGGUUGUCUCCGCCAUGAUGAUGUCUAUUGCUCAUGGUUCUAACGAUGUUGCCAAUGCUGUUGGUCCCUGGGCGGCAACAUACAGCACCUACCUUGCUGGUGAGGUUAGCACCGACGCUCCCACGCCUGUUUGGUUCUUGGUCGUCGCCGGUCUCCUCUUGGGUGCUGGCUUCUGGUUUUAUGGUUUCAAUAUUGUGCGCGCACUCGGCAACAAGAUCACCCAAAUGUCGCCUACCCGUGGAUUCUCGAUUGAGCUAGGCGCCGCCAUCACUGUUCUUCUCGCUUCGCAUUUUGGUCUGCCAGUGUCGACCACGCAGUGUCUGACCGGCGCUUCUAUGGGCGUUGCCCUAAUGAACUAUGACCUGGGGGCAGUCAACUGGAAACAAUUGGCUUUUAUCUUCUUAGGCUGGGUUAUGACCUUGCCUUGCGCCGGUCUGAUGAGUGGAUUGUUGUGCUUGAUGGCAUUGAACACUCCUCACUUCUAA